AUGGCUGCCGUUGCUGAUGCUGCAUUUCCCUGCUCCCUUGAGCUCAAGGUCCCCUUUCCCACCCACCGCCUGGCCUCGACGGCGCUGCAGGCCAUCCAGGUCGACCCGGAGCUGUCGCCGCUCGUCCGGCGGCACCUCUCCCUCGUGCCGUCAUCUUCACCUGAAGACGCGGCCGCAGCCGACCCGCAGGAGGAGGUGCUGCUGCACGUCGACUACCGGGCCACGACCAACCGCAUGCUCCGCGUCGCCGUCAACUCCUUCAUGGACAGCCUCAGGCUGGUGAUGGAGGUCAUGGAGCACCUCGACGAGGACGUCCUCGCGCAGCCGCCCAGGUAG